AUGACUGUUUUAACCCUAGAGAAGUCUGCUACCAUCAGCCGGGGAUCUACCUCAGUCGGGGUUCUACCAUCAUUGGUGCAGAGUAUACAAGCACACUUUGAUAAGCAGUUUAAGGUCUUGUUAGAUAAGGUUGAUGAUGGUUUUAGUCGCUGUGAAAAGAAGUUGAAAGUCCUUGAUGAUAAGGUCGACUCUAUAAAGCAACCCAUGGAGGCUGUGAAAGAGGGAAAGGAAGAGGCUGAGCAAACAAAAUCCAACCUACCUACACCAGCUGCUCAUGUGGAGGAGACUGCUACAGAUCCUGAUGAUGGGAACAAGGCUGUCACCGAUGUUGGGAGUAAAUUUAUGAACAAGGAAACACUUAAAGAAAAUGGUCAGAGUGCGAGUGUCAAUGGUGCACAUCCGAGUGUUAUGGUGGUCGAGAAUAAAAAACAACCAGUGAAUUAUGUUGCGCUUGAGAAAGCUAAACAAGAGGAGAAGAGGAAGGCAGCUAUUACACGAGCAAAGAGUGAGAGGCUUAAGAAGUCGGCCCCGACACAGAAGUCACCAUUCUUUGGGAACAGAACCGCUAAGUGCACCGUAGGAAAAGGAUAUGAUCCUUUUGCUCCCGUUGCUUAG